UAAUUGUGAGUUGUCGCAGUUCACACAUAGUGAUGUGUGACUUGGUGCUUCUUGGUGUGUGCGAUGAAGUGCUACGAGACAGUGAUAAUGUGACCUUCGCCACCAACCAUAUUGGAGGCAAACCCACAUGGAUGGGCGAUACUCUUGCCAACCCAGUGUGUCCGUUUUGUGGUCAAAUGCUGCUGUUAACAGUACAGAUAUACUGUCCUCUGGGAGGGUCGGCCUAUCAUCGAACCCUUUACAUAUUCUGCUGCAUCGCACCAACUUGCUGGAAUAAGUCAGAAAGCUGGAAAGUAAUCAGAACACAAACUAUUGAUACGGAAGUCGAGGCGGUCAGCACGAGUGCAAAAGCAUCUGUCGCUGACCAAUGGUGUCUGUCUGAAGACGAUUGGGGAGAUGAGGAAGAUGGCGUCAUGUCAACUAACAAUUUGGUUGCCAAAGAAGAUGAUUUGGGAGACACGGGAUCUGGCAGCAGUGAGCUUAACGAGCAGACCUGUAAUCGAUGCGUGCCUAAUGCUGCUACCGUAGCCGAGGACGUCAUUGGCAGUGGUGAUCGGUGCAGUUCCAGCUCAGAACCUAGUCAGGAAGUCCUCGAUGCAUUGCAUGCCAUGACAGUGAGUGAUACUGCAUCAUUGUCAUCGGCUGAAAUUGAUGCUGAAACGACUGAUAACGUGAUUGCCGAGGAACUUCGACUAUCAGCUAAUGCCGCCUGGAGAGAAGUGGCAGAGGUGGUGACACGAGAGGAGGGCGUAAGAUUCGGGGCAUUCUACAUUAGUGCAUUUGAAGAGGGGACACCAGUGCAACCAGACACUGCGCACAUCACACACUUGCUGGUCGCAUAUGAAAAGCAGGAAGGGAAACAAUUUCAGCAACUAUUGGCUAGUGCGAGUUCAGGGUCAUGUGGCAAAGUUAAAGCAGGAUCUGAAGGUUAUGAGAAGGGCUCUGCAAGGCAUGGCGACCAAGUCUUCCAGUCCUUUCACAAGAAAAUUCAGGCGUGUCCUCAACAGUGCUUACGGUACUGCAUUGGUGGGAAACCUCUCCAUAUUAGGUGCAUCAAAAAAGAACAACAGAUCAUCCCUCCCUGUAAGAGUUGUGGGUCGCCCAGGCAAUACGAAAUGCAGCUGAUGCCAACACUUGUUAGUAUCCUGAAGCUCAGCAAUCAGGAAGUCAAAUCAGGCUCGGCUGUGGAGUUUGGCACCAUCCUGAUAUACACAUGUCAGAACAGCUGUUGGAAGGAUGGAGACGUAUCCCACGAGGAAUAUGUCAUUUUAGAGGCUGACCCUGACCAGGAGCAGUUCCAGUGAAGGUCCACCAACUUGACUAGGAAAGGUUCCAGGAAGGACUAAACGAGAUUCCAGUACCGUGUGAUCAUGCACAGGAGUGUAGGUUUCAGAAGGAGCCAACCAUCACCAGUGGUUCACGAAAAUAUCGACUUACAGUUAUAAGAUCAACCCUGACCAGACGAGGAUUUACUAAAUGCUGUUCCUAGGAGAUAAUCUAAUAAACGUUGUCAUUUACCCAGAUGUUAGGAAUGUCUAGUUAAGGUUUGCAGUUACCCAGGGAACACUAGUAAAGAGUUAAUUGGGUCAGAAGAACUAGUAGUAGCUGAUCGUGGUAAUUCCCAUUUACCAAGAGAGGAUAUAGAAUAUAUAGAACAAAUGUUUUUUUUCUGAAAAAUGCAGUUACGCUUAUGUUAACGUUUUGUUCUAGUAGAAGUGCUUUGUCAGACAUAUUUACUUACAGCAGUGUGAAUGUGAAUAGCCCUGUAGCCUGUGGAACUGUAUGUACAGGUAUAAAUCUAUGCAUGCAUAUCGGGUAAAGUUGCAUUGUACAAUUUGAAAUACAUACAAAUAUCCUCAUUAGGUUGCUUACAAAACUAUUUUUACUUAUCAGUUAUCAUUAACUGUGGUUUUAUCACAUUCAGUUCAGUUUUCUCUUUGUUCUGUCACAUGAAAUUUGUCACAACAGAUGUGACAAAUUUUGACACGAUAUAAGAAACAACUUUCUUACAACUGCAUUCAGAGUACUAAAAUAGUACUGUACCUUUUAUGCAGCCUUUAUUGAAAGCUACCAUUAUAUUCAUAUCAGCAGAGAAAAAUUAAACUACUAGAGUAGUUUUACAUGGAGCAGUCAUUUGUGCGAGACUUGCCAAUAUUGCAGUUUGGCCUAUACUGCAUGCUGUGACACAAACAUCUAUGCAUACUCCCCUCUUGAUCAUAAAGUGUGUCUCGAAUAAACAGUAUUAUAUAUGACCAUAAA